UUUUAUUUUGUGCUUCAUUUUAGCAACAAAAUCACCAGCUGAUUGUUUAUACGAGCAUUUUUGUGAAUAUAAAAUAAAUUUCGCUGGAAACUAUUUCUUUACUGGUAAAAAGGAUAUCCCAGCAUGAACAGCCUUAAUAUACCGACAGAUUUUGGUCCGGAUUCGGGCGGUCGCGUAAAAGGUUUAGUUAUUGUAAAGCCCAUUGUCUACGGAAACAUCGCGCGCUCUUUUGGUAAAAAGAACGAGGAUGGGCAUACACAUCAGUGGAAAGUGUACGUAAAACCUUUCCACAAUGAAGACAUGUCCGUCUAUGUGAAGAAGGUACAUUUUAAACUUCACGAAAGCUAUGCUAACCCGAAUCGAAUUGUUACUAAACCACCCUACGAAAUUACCGAGACCGGUUGGGGCGAAUUUGAAGUGGUCAUCAAAAUAUAUUUCCACGACCCAACAGAACGUCCUGUGACGUGCUAUCACAUAUUGAAACUUUUCCAAAGUCCAGUGGUUGAUGGUGAACUAUCCAGCACCCAUUUGGACAACAAUAGAAGAUUAGGUGCUGCAAAUGUACAUUUAGUAUCAGAGUCUUAUGAGGAGAUCGUAUUCCAAGAGCCGACCCAAUUAAUGCAACAUUUUCUCUUGAAUGUGCAGCCACUGACAAGUGGUUCCUAUACACACGACACAGAUUUCGACUCAAAGAAGGAAAGAACCUUAGAAAACAUUAUUGAAGUCAAAGGAAAGGUGAAAAAUGAAAUUAAUUCGCUGAAAGACAAAUUGAAAAUUGCACGUGAGACUAUAGCCAAGUUCAAAGCGGAACUGGCAAAGGUACAAAAGCCGCCCGCUACAUAAAAGUAAUAUUUUACCUUCUCUUAAAAACAUUUCUCCAAAUCAUCUGAAAAACUACCGCGUUAUGUAGUACACUAAAAUGUUACAAAAAUAAAAUAAAUUAUUUUAUUUUUCUUAAAA